GUAAUCUAAUUAGAUUCGACCAAACACCCAGUCGGACGUCACCGGCUCAGCCCAUCUGUAAUCCCUAAUUCGUUCUCCUUCCCCUUCUCCCCUCACUGAUCGCUCCCAAGAAUCGCUCACGACGGCCGUCGACCGGCUACGGCGGACGGUAGGCGGAGCUUCCAUGGAGGGAAGCUGCAUAUAGCAUCAUGUACAGAUAAAACUUCUUAAAUCCUGGAUAGCCUAUUUAUUGUGUACGGAUGAAUGCUGCUCACAGUGGGUUGUCACUGCACUUAUUCUGUGAGAUUGUUGAAGGCAGUGAAAACUUGUAGUUGGUCUCUUAUCUUUUGAAAUGCCAGGCUUACCUUUGGCCGUUCGAGAUACCACGAAUCAUGGUUGCAGUUGUAGCCAAUCAAGGACUAACCAAAUUUGCCGUCAGCAAUCUCGUGUUCGUUUGACUGCAGAAGAGCAAAUUGCAGCGGAAGAAAGUCUUUCUGUAUACUGUAAACCAGUUGAACUUUACAAUAUACUUCAACGUAGGGCGAUACAAAAUCCUUCAUUUCUGCACAGAUCUUUGCUGUACAAAAUACAGGCAAAGCACAAAAGGAGAAUUCAAAUAACAAUUUCUCUGAUUGGAAGUCUGAAUGCUGAGAUAGAGCCACAAUGUGUGUUUCCACUCUAUGUACUAUUUGCUAGGCCUAUUGCUGAUACUUUAGUUGCAGAGCACUGUGCAAUGUACCGACUUGGUCAUCCUCGUGUGCUAACUAAUUUUGCUGAGUUUGGGAACACAGACAAAGCUGAAGCUAGCUUUCUGAUUCCAGAGAUUAAGAAGCUGACAACUGAUGCAAGAGUUACCAAUCUUGAUAUUAUCAUUAUCAGCAAGGGGGAAUCAAAUGGUGGUUCUGGUGAAUAUCUUUCAUCGAGAGAACAUGAAGAAUGGCCCUCUUUUCUCAAAUGUGAAGGAAAGUGUCUCUGGGGGAAAAUAGCAGUUAAUUCACUUUGUUCAUCAAUGGAGAAAUGUGUGACUUUGAGCUUAGGGCAUCGAAUGGAUAUGCUUUCAGCUGUUACUAUGAAACCAAGCAUUCUGCAGCCAAAAUACUUGGAAAGCCAUGGCAGCAUAUUUUUUCAAACUCAAAAUAUGGAUUCAGCAAGUACUUGCCAAGUCCAAGUUAGCAUAUCUGCUCAAGAGGUGGGAGCAAGUGAGAUUUCUCCUUAUGAUCUUUACUCGUACGAUGAUAUUCCAACAUCAUCUUUACCUCACAUUAUCAGAUUGAGAAAAGGAAAUGUUCUUUUUAACUACAGAUACUACAACAACUUGCUGCAAAAGACUGAAGUUACAGAAGACUUCUCUUGUCCUUUUUGUUUAGUGAAGUGUGCGAGCUUUAAGGGUCUCAGAUACCACUUGAACUCUUCCCAUGACCUAUUCAAUUUUGAAUUUUGGGUAACUGAAGAGUAUCAAGCUGUAAAUGUUUCUGUGAGAACUGAUGUAUGGAGCUUUGAGGUUGCAUCAGAUGGAAAUGAUCCAAGACUGCAAACUUUUUUCUACCGCUCAAACUUCAAGAAACGUAGAAGAUCCAAGAAUAAUGUUCAGACAGCAAGCCAUGUACAUCCACAUGUUUUGGAAUCAGGUUCACCUGAAGGAUCAUUGGCAGGUUCUCGCAAAGAAUAUUGUAACAAAGAUAAUGCCACAUGCUACUCUCAAAGGCCUUAUGCAUCUACAAUAGAUGGUUCACUCACAAAUGGGUAUAAUGAUGAAGGAAAGGGUUGUAAAUCAUUCCUACACGGGGCUCACUUGCUCCCUAUGAGGCAUAAACCUGAGAUCAGUUCACAACAUUGUCAUGCCGAAGAGUACACACGACAUGUAUUAUCUAGCCCGGACACUUUUGGCAUAUGUGCAUCCACAAAUCAAGCUUCCACCAGUAAUGAAUUUACCCAGCAAGCAUCUGCAACCAAUUUAGCUUCACAAAAUAUGCUGCAGUUUGCAAAGACACGGAAGAUAUCUGAUGAGCGUGCUGAUCCAAGAAAUCGCGCACUUCUACAAAAGAGGCAGUUCUUUCAUUCCCACAGAGCUCAGCCAAUGGCGCUGGAGCAAGUAUUUUCAGAUCGGGACAGCGAAGAUGAAGUUGAUGAUGACAUUGCAGAUUUCGAAGACAGAAGGAUGCUUGAUGAUUUUGUGGAUGUGACAAGGAAUGAAAAACAAAUAAUGCAUUUGUGGAAUUCUUUUGUAAGGAAGCAACGUGUUCUUGCUGAUGGCCACGUUCCAUGGGCAUGCGAGGCAUUCUCCCAGCUCCAUGGGCAAGCUCUUGUGCAGUCUCCUGCUUUAAUGCGGUGUUGGAAGUUAUUUAUGAUCAAACUCUGGAAUCAGAGUCUUUUAGAUGCUCGAACCAUGAACAAUUGUAACCUAAUACUCGAGCGAUUUCAAAAUGAGACCUCAGGCCCCAAGCAAAGCUGAUUCAUAUAAACCCUCUUUUGUUAGAGUGGGUGGCUGGUAAAACAACCAGAGCAACUUGGGGCGAACAAACCACAUCCUGACCGUUGCACCCCCACCAUUUUUUGGGGGGUUUCCUCGUGUUGAUUUUAUUUUGGGGUAAUUAUUUGGGGUAUUAUUGUCUUCAACUGUAGAUUGUUUGUUGGGGAGUAUUGUCAAGUUUGUCCACAUAUUCUGAGGCGGUCUCUUUCAAUUAUGAAAAGCUUCAAUGACUUUAUUUUCUGAA